UGUUACAGCCGCUAGCUAAUUGCCACCGAGCUGCCGGAGCGCGAGUUACGCUAAGUGCUGAGUUCGGACAGUCGUCUACGUUUAGACGUAGCGGGAGAAGCUGUGGAGCAACGAAAAACCGCUGCUCGCGCCGUCCACCAGCGGGAGAGCCUGGAGUGCUCUCAGACACAGGCAGGCUGGCGCCCUCACGGCGCCGCCUGCUGAUGGCGGCCUGCGCCGCCUCCGCCCGAGGCCUGGCAACCCACAAGAAGCCGCAGCAAGUCGUUAUUGCCGGUGGAGGUGUUAUUGGAUGCGCGACCGCGUAUUUUCUGGCGAAGGAGCACGGCAUCGGGCCCACGAUCGUGGACCGCAAGAGUAUAGCGGCGGCGGCGUCCGGAAAUGCUGGAGGCUUCCUGGCGCGCGACUGGAACGACGGCUCGCCUACACAAGAAAUGACGCACCGGAGCUUCGAUCUCCACGCGACGCUCGCCGAGGAUCUCAAAAAGUACGGCGCCACCGAUUAUAGGAGACUGACCUGCGUCGCCGUGGGUGUGGACGGCCGCACGGCGGUGCAGAAACCAGGAGGCAAGAAACUCGAAAACGUCGACUGGGCCGACAGCGCAGGAGUGAUGGGCAUGAGACCGAUGGGCGACGAGAGCACGAUCGCGCAGGUGCAUCCCCGCAAAUUGUGUGAUGCCUUCGUCGCCGCUGCUAAAGAUUUAGCGGGGGCGUCGGUCGUCGAGGGCUGCGCGUCUGGUUUGAGAGAGGAAGAUGGUCGCGUCACGGGCCUGGAACUUUCGGAUGGUACUUGUAUUGAGGCCGACGCCGUCGUUUUGUGCAUGGGGCCCUGGUCGCACGCGCUCGGCCGACCGAAGACUGAGAAACUAGGAUUGAGGGGCGACUCCGACUAUAGUGGCUGGGGCCUACAAAACUGCCCACUAGUGGUGGGCACGAAGUACCACGCCGUGUUGCUGCAGGCGCCGCGCGUCCUGUCGCAGUCCGUCUUCUUCCAGGGUUUGGGGGAUCCAGAAGUGUAUCCCCGGCCGGACGGCGAGGUGUACGUUACGGGGUCUCCUGAUCCCGCGGACAUCGUAAGGGACCUCCCGGGCGAGACGGAGGUGCGGGACGAGGUCUGUGACCAGCUCGUCGCGAAGAUGAAUGUGCUGUCGUCGGAGCUCAAAGAUGCGCCGAUCAACCACAAGCAGGCGUGCCACCUGCCCUCGGCCGUCGACGGCGUGCCCGUCGUCGGGGAGUUGCGCUCCGGAGCGUAUGUGGGCUACGGCCACGGCUGCUGGGGGAUUUUAUUGGCGCCGGCGACGGGCGAGGCUCUGGCGAAUCAGAUCGCCACCGGUGAAUCGCCUUUCCUUGAUUUGGGGCGCUUCGACCCGAGGCGGUUCUAAGUCCCCUA